CUCGCUGAUUGGUUGGAAAGCUUAUACUUCCUGUACUACGUCACUUUCUACCUUUGUGCGGAAUGAGUUUCAAGUUUAUACCGUUGAAGUGAAUAUAAAGUUAUUUCACGUGAAGUCUAAAAUAUAAGCAAUGUCGCUUUUAACUGCACGUCCAUUCUUGUCAGAGGCUGGUUAUGGGGAACAAUCAUUUGAUACAAAUUCAGCUUUCAUGGAGUUGGACAAAGGUGUGUACAGUUAACCAGUCAUCAAGCAACUAGCUUGCUAAGCUAGCUACUACAAUUAAAAUGACAAGAUAGCUUGUUUGCUAUUCGUCACAGUGAUAAACAAACUAAAACUAGCUAGCUACAUUCAGACACUCCCAGUCCGGGGAGGGGUGCUUAAGUGUGGAUGCCCCGGUUCCGCUUGUGGACAAGGUUAUCGAGAUGGCUGAGACUCGGUGAUGCCCAGUAAGAGGGGUGUUGACCGGGUAGGGAGAGUAGGUCUCAGGCCCAGGGAUAGCGCAGGCGGUCUGGAAGUAUAGGCCUGGAGUCGGAGGUCACCAGGUCAAUGGGGCCUACCUGGAGUUCAGGAAUCCCCAAGGGAGAAGGCCCAAAUGAAUAGGUGUGUGAAUGACACUGUCCUUCAGGGGAGCAGAGCAGGCAAUUAAUGUAAAAUCUUGUGAGAUGAAAAUGGACAAACAAAAGGGUGUGCAAUAUAGAAGGGUAGUCAGUGGACAUUCUGAUCCUUGUUUGAGGUCAGUAGGUCACAUGACCAAGGAGCUAUUGAAAUGAGAAAGUUUGAAAAAAGUAUGUAAAAUUGCGUGAGAUUAAAAUGGACAAACAAAAGGGUGUGCAAUAUAUCAGGCUUGUCAGGGGAUAUUCUGACAAUAGUUUGAGGGUUGUAGGUAGGUCACACAAGCUGUUGGAAUUCGAAACAUUAAAAAUUAAUGUUAAAACGUGUGAGAUAAAAAUGGACAAACAAAAGGUUGUGCUACAUGGCUACUCAGUGGAUUUUCUGAAAGUAGUUUGAGGGUUGUAGGUCAUAAGACUAAGGAGCUAUUGAAAUUUGAAUCUUUAAAAAAUUCUCAUAAAAUCUCAUGAGAUGCAAAUCGCCAAACAAAAGGGUGUGCAAUGUGUUGGCCCACAGAGUGUACAUUAUGAACCAUGUUUGAGGUGUAUGGGUCACAUGAACAAGACGCUAUUGAAUUUCAGAAAUGUAAAUAAAUAAUUUUAAAUGGUGUGAGAUGUAAAUAGACAAAAAAAAGUGUGUGCAAUGUGUGUGUCUGCCAUCGGGUUAGCUACAACCAGGUUUGAAAGUUUUAGGAGUAAUGGUUAAUAAAGAGCUAUUGAAAUUUGAAAAAUUACAUUUGUCACUAUGUUGACGGUCCGUAACUGCUGUUGGUGGACGUAUGGAAAACUACAGACAAAUAUCCGUCGACUAUCCAACCUGAAUUUGACUUUACCUCUCGGUCCACAGCAACGACCCUGUGACCAGAGCAAUCAUGCUCGGGUGUCAUGGCAUGUUGCUCUCUUUGUCUUUCCAUUAGAGCUUGAUUAUUAUGAGGGUGGUUUAGUCCACAUUCCACACAGUAGAUGUGUUUCAGAUUUGCAAGAUGGUCAUCAUUAGUCUCACAAUUCAGACAAUUGAUUCCGAAAUAUUGCAUUCAGUGCCUUCGGAAAGUAUUCAGACCUCUUGACUGGGUGGGUAUAAUUUGUGGAACGUUCCAACAGAAAUCUGUUCCAAAAACGUUGUAAAUAACAAGGUUGCCAACAAACAAUGCAUACAAAGUAGCAUGAUCAAUUCACUAGCUGCCGAAUAGGCAUCAACUCACCACGUAGCUAAUUUGUAAUGUUUGUCCAUAGGCUACCAGAGUGAGGACAGACAUUUUUAGAAUAAACGUGGUCAGUAAAAAACGUAAUUAAAUAGCCUACUCCCUACUACCCAAUAUCUUCUUCUGCCGCUAUACAACUUUGUAUGCAUUGUUUGUUGGCACCUUGUUAUUUACAAAGUUUUUGAAACAGAGUCCUGUUGAAACGUUCCAUUGGACAAGUUCAGAUAGUACCUCCUGGUUUCUGAGCGUUUUCUUCCAUUUCAUGCCAACUGAACAUGACCCCUUGUGAUCUCCCGUUGGCCCAUGCUAUGUUUCACUAUGCUCUUGUUCCUCCACAGCUCUGGUUUCAGGUCCCCGGUGGACCUGAAACUGAAGCUAAUCCCUAUUCUGCAGCACAUGCACCACAUUGCCAGCCUGGCCUCUAGCAGCCUGGCCUCCAGCAGCCUGGCCUCCAGCAGCCUGGCCUCCAGCAGCCGGGAGCUGCUUCAGCAGCUGGUCACUUCCUACCCCUACACACCCAUGGUCAUUGUCACCCUGCACACCUUCACCCAGCUGGCCGCCUCCUCGCUCAUCGACAUCCCCAAAUGGUUACAGCUGUUUCUCCAGUACAUGAAAGAGGACCCUAGGAAUGCAGUCAAGAGACUGGCCAUCCAGGACUUGAAGCUCCUGGCUAAAAAGGCCACCUAUCUCUGGAUAGGAAAUGGCGAUGUUGGCGGGCACAGUGACUCCAUGGGCAGAGAAACAGCAUUCCUGCACAUGAUGCAUCUGGAGCAGGACACCGUGAUGGGGGUGGAGUCUCUGCUGGUGCUCUGCAGUCAGGGCGACCACCCCAGAACUCAGGCCACGCUCAAGGUGGAUAGCACCCUGGUCCAACUGCUGAAGAGUCGCCCCCACCUCAGCCAAUCGGCUGUGGCGUUCCUGCUGUGCCAGCUGCACUCGGCCUUCGACCCCUCACACGUGCUGAUAUGCCACGCCCGGGCGGCCAUCGCCACCCAGCUGCCCGACACCGUGAUGGGGGUGGAGUCUCUGCUGGUGCUCUGCAGUCAGGGCGACCACCCCAGAACUCAGGCCACGCUCAAGGUGGAUAGCACCCUGGUCCAACUGCUGAAGAGUCGCCCCCACCUCAGCCAAUCGGCUGUGGCGUUCCUGCUGUGCCAGCUGCACUCGGCCUUCGACCCCUCACACGUGCUGAUAUGCCACGCCCGGGCGGCCAUCGCCACCCAGCUGCCCUCUCUGAUAAAUUCUGCGUGUGAAGUCUAUUCAAGUUGUUUCCAAAGCUGUUCUCCAAUCAUGAAUCUCACCUACAAGAUACUGACAUCUGGCAUGUGUCACCUUUCCCUGGCGACUGUGGUGUUUGUGGCUAGCCAGUCGUCCCUGUCGGCGGAGGUGAAGACGGUGAUCAAGCAGCAGCUGGAGAACAUGGCCAUCGGUUGGCAGACCUCGCGCAUGGGUUGCCAUGAGUUCUCCACCAAGCUGUACCAGAGCCUGCAGACGCAUGUGGCCUCGGAGCAUUUCUACUUCUGGCUCAACGGUCUGAAGAAGUUCUCCCAGGCCGUGCUGUGUCUUAGCGGCCUGGAGGACAGAGACUACAGUGUAGCUAUGGCGGCCAUCGCAGAGGCCCUGCGCUCUUACCAGAAGGGCAUCACCUCCCUGACGCUUGCUCUCUCCCCAUCUCCUCGGACCCCAACCGAGCCAAUCCCGGUGCAGAACAACCAACAGCUGCCUCUGAAGGUGGAGGGCGUGGUGCAGCAUGGCUCCACCCCCGGAUUGUUCGGCAAGAUUCAGUCUGUCUACCUCAACGUCAGCUCCGCUCUCCAGACCAAGACUGGUGGGCUGGAAUACUAGAUUCCACUGGUCAGCAAGACCAAUGAAAUUGAGCCGCGGGUGGAGCCCCACAACGACUACUUCAGCACCCAGUUCCUGCUCAUCUUUUCCAUCCUGGGCAGCCACACGGUCAACGUGGAGGCCUCAGUGGUGGACGAGAUCUGCAUGGAGUGGAAGACGCCCAAAAUCACUGUGUCGGUCAAGUCCCUGGAGGACCUUUACUCCCAGCAGCUCUGCCACCACCACCAACAGCAGCAGGCACAGCAGGCUAGGCCCAAGCCGGCCCCCCCCAGAGGAGUAGUGUACAUGCCCACUUCCAGUGAUACCCUCGUAAAACCCCUCUAACCCAUUGCCUUGUCCCGAAGGUCUUGGUUUGUUUCCUUCCCUUUCCUUCUCUGAAAUGACUGGACUGAAGAAAUAGAGGCAACGGUUUGGUGAGCAUUCACCUACUCAUGGUUGCUUUCACUUAUCCAUUUCUUUUAGGUUAGUGGUCACAGAAUGGAGGAAGGGAGACAAAGCUAUGGAACGUUAUAGUUCAGCCCCCCCAGGAGGUUGCUUGUCUGGCAGAAUUUCAGGUGACUGUUUACUAAUAUUCUAUACAUUUUCCAAUUGUUAAAGACCACAUUUUACCACAAACUCCGCAAUGUGAGUCUUUGUGCGAGUGUAAUUUAAUUGUUGUCACGUGGGGGAAGUAGGACAAAUGCCCAUUAUAUUAUACGGAUUGGCUGCGGAUCCGAGUUGUCUGGAACCCUCUUCCCAACCGCUAGAGCCAAAGCUUCUGCGCAUGUGUGGGAUUCUCUACAUAACGCACAGUCUCUGCUCUGCUCGUUCGGCUGCCCAGAGAACAGGCUAAUCAGGCGUAUUUGUGGUGAAUGGUGCUUAUUUAAUGAAGUUAGAUCGAAGCUAAAUCAAUGUCUGCAAGAUCACAAUAUUAAUAUUCUACAUCACUUAAUAUAUAUUUGUGCCUUUAUUAGCUUUCAAUAAAGGACUUGUAAAGUGGAAAUAUAAAUGUUCAGCAAAGCUACUUACUCCAUCUGUAGUUUAGUGAAGAGAAUGCAGCAUUUAGCCAUUACAUUAAAUUAUCCAUGGGCAGGGCCGCCUCAGCAUAAGGUGCCCUUGACUGCCAGUGAAAGUAUUCUAAACCAUUUCCACCUUCCAUCCCUUUACUCGGCGCUGUUCUUCACAAGACCAGCAGGGGGCGGUCAGUGACUAUUGUAGAAUAAUGUUCGACGGUGGCAAAACAAAAUCAUUGAACGGUAAUAAUGAUAUUUGGUACAAGUAUGGAUGGACUACUGUCUCUUGAUCAAUUUGACUUGUAUGCAGCCCCUUCUGUUAUUGUUACAUGUCCUUCAGAAAUGUAUGUUUUUUUCAGUUAGGUACAGUUCAUUUUAUUCCACAAUAGCUUCAGUGAUGGACUGAUGUAGGCACUGAUGCUAUUUAUUUGAAGAAAAAAAAAAUAACACUGUUCAUCAUCUCUGGUUCAAAAUCAUUUGGUGAUCGGUGGGGACAGUCGGCACUUGCUCAAAUCCAAGGUUUUGGUCAGCGUCGUCGCCAUAGGGAAGAUCUCAGUUGCAUACUCCUCACGUCCUCUCUCCCCUCGUCUCCUUCUCAAAACCCAUUGGAGGAGAAAGUCCCAUAACACAGAUUCUCGCAGCAGUAUGUAGGAGGGAGAGUCCUAGAUAUGAGAAGUAUGCAGGAGGGCAUGAGACGAAGGAAUAUGUAGUUUCGGUGGAGAAAGUUGUGGGAGUGCCCAUGGGGCUGGAGAUCAGAGGUGUCCGGUGAGAGAAAGGCAGGUUGAGGUUGUUGUCAGAGUAACAGAAAGUGUUGUAUGCUGAAGCAAUGAAGAGGGAGGUAGAGGAAGAUGGUUACAGGGUGAGGGAUCCUGAGAUGAUUCCUGUGAGUAGGCAGAGAGUGAUGGGAAGAAUAUGUGCUUUAGUAAGGUAGGUUUCUUGGCAUUCAUAGCUAUGGUUGUCAAUUGCACGGCAGAAAUGGAUCGAAAGUCACAGAAAAUAGAGGUUAUGGUGGCAGCGGCAAAUACUUGGGAUUGCGAGGUUUUACUGCAGUACAGUUGCAGAGGGUGUUGAUUGGUAGUGUUCUGUCCUCCCAGACCUUAGGUCUGGAGAAGGAUUAGAGGAGAUAAAUAGUGGAAUGGGGUGUUUCUUUGUUAUAUAAAUAUGGUUUAAUUUUAAAGGGCUAAUAGUUGGCAAUGGAAAUUUUCCCUUUCUCAAAUUGUAUU